GGUAGUUGAGUACUGCGAUAAGAAUACAGAAUGCCAGCCUAUUAUGGCACAAGAAUUAGCAAUAUGUCGGGAGAUGGUACAACUACUUCCACUAAAGAUGGAGCAAAUUAGAAAUCAGUGCCGGUGAAGGGAUCAUUCUUAUAGCAUUUGCUUUGGGUACACAAUUAUCCCUUCAGUAUUGAAAAUUGUGAGGAAAUUCCAAAUGCAGAGAAAGAUUAUGAUGCUGCUCUGAGCAACCAUUUGCAAGAAAAAUAAUUUAAAUAAUAGAAAUGUUGAGAGAUUGUUUGAGACAUACAACUGAUGAAAUCAGGUUGAUACAAUAUCAUUAGCAAACUCAUUGAUGUGCUGCUGUUCUUAUUUUAUGAAGCUAUUUUUUUCUGUUUAUGUAAAUAUUCUGAAUACUAUAUUUUCCAAGCAAUGUUAUUGUUAUGUUUAAUGAAGAAUGUAUUGAGAAAUGCCAAAAAUAUUGAAAAUUUGUAAGCAGAUCUUGUGUUAGACUACUAUGAUGGUUCAAGGAUGUCAGCAUAUGCUCAUUUAGAAGUUAAGGAAUGGUUUGUGUAUUUUUCAUGACCUCUCAUAACGCAUUGUAUUUAAAAUGCUCAUGACUUGAAAACAACGCAGCCAUACCCCAACAUACGCCUGACUUUCUUUCAAACUAGCCUUUCAUACAGAAACGAUAUAAGGUGAACGUACAGUAACUUAGUUUUAGAAAUAGUAAAUCAAUCAGUAUACAAUUUUUUUAUGCUACUCACUCUCAGUUGUGAUAUUGCUUUUUUUAUUAUUUAAAUUUUUUAAUAUUUUAUACAUUUCUGUUGUUAUUUUACCUUUUAUUUAGGGUUCUGUAAUUAACAUUUGACCAUUUCUGUAAUGGCAGAAGUGUAUGUAUAGGGAGGCUGGAGAAUUGCUGAAGAGAUAUCAAAGGAAUGCCACCAGUGGCUGAGUUUCACAGAGAUCCUUGGUGUCAGCAUCUCCAUUCAAAAAAAUAAGUGCAGCAUUGUAUUAAUUUCCUGCACACUUUAAUUUAUAUAUGGUAUAUAAUGAAUUUGAAACCUAAUAGAACCUUGAUUUCAUAUGCUCUUUCAUUCCAUUAGUUUAAAUGGUACUACAAAUAUGUUGAAAAAUAUUACAUUGCAAAUGAAAAGAACAGAUUUUGGCGUUGAUUGUUAUUGACUUAGUAUCUAAAUUGUUAAUGAAUGGUCCUCAACAAUGUAUGGCAGAACUGUAGUUGAUUUUGUUGCAUGUCAGGUGGUGCAUUUGUAUGUAUUGCUGAAUUGAUCCUAAAAUGUUUUUGAAAUCUAACCUUGCUCUUUUGCAAUUGUAAUAAAAAUUUUGUAGCCAUCAAGGAUAGUGAGCAUGCCAUAAUGUUACAGAGUAAAACCAAUUUAAAUUUUAUCAUGAAAAGAAAUAUGUAUUAGCAUUUAUGACGAAAUAAAAUGUAUUCUUAGAAGAAGAAAGUAUUGUCAGUAGACAUGCAAAUAUUUCUAAAUGAAAUUCUAAAAAAUUUUAUAAAAAAACUGAAUAUAUUGUGAAUUUCAAUUUAAUAUAAAUUGGUGCUGAAUUAUUAUUUACUUACAUAAUAGGACCUUACUCUUGCUAUAAAUUCCUGUUAUAUGAAGCCCUAGUCCUCGGCCUUCACUUAGUUUUUAUUAAAGGCAUAUUUUUAUUUAGUAUUGCAUAGGCAUGUAUUUUUGUUAUAUUAAUAUUUAGACACUUACUGUGCAAGGUCAUGUGAUUACCACCGAUUUUUCAUGCUACUCUGGUUAAUUCAGAUAAGUUCAAUUUCACAGAAUUAGGUAUGAUAUUUUAACAAGCCAGGCUAAUUUUCAGCGUUAAGUCCACAAGUUGUUUUAUUUAAAGUUCCUUAAGCCAGUUGCAAAGCUUUUGCACAUUACUGUAAUCAUGAGACUCUUACGUGCAUUUUCUUUUAUUCAAGAAAUAUGCAAUCUGUAUUUUACAAGGAUGUUUUCAAUAAAACAAGGCUGUUUUACCUUCAGUAUAAUUUCAAGACUAUGAGGAAGACUAUAAAAUAAUUACAAUUUUUCAUUAUUAUGCUAAACUUUUGUUUUCUGUACAGGGAUGUAAUUUUAUCAUCGAAUUACAGAAGAUACUACGUAUUGGAUUUGUUCUCUUAUUCAGAACUCUCUGAUGUAAACUGUAUACUUUAUGGACAAGAAACAUUCUGACAACCAUUUGUUAUUGAUGUCCAGAAAAAGAUUUUCUCAACAUUGCUACUGAUGUACUAUAUGUAAGCUUAAGGACUAUAAUCAGUGUCUGUUCAUGAGGAAUAGUACUAUUGAUAAGUACUAUAGCAGUUUGAGAGAACAAGAAAAAAAGCAAAACAUAGUGCUUUAAAAAGCUUGAAGCCUUUACAUUAUAAUUGCAUGCGGUACUGAAGAUCAUAUGCCCCAAACAGUACUAUAAUGACGAAGUAUUUAAAGAUAUGUCUGAGUGACCAAGCUUGUCUAUGAAUACGUCUCAUCUAUUUUCAAUAAAAUCUCCUAAUUUUCAAAA